UUUUUUUUUUUUUUUUUUUUUUUUGGAAUUAACCUGGAGGGACUUCCACCCCCAGGGGCCAACCCUUCGGCGCGAGGCGGACCAUUUGAUACUAUGGGGAAUUAGAUACCCCAAUUGUCUGGCCAGCGCAUCGAAUCCGCGUAUUCCGUAUUGGGGUUUUUUAUUUCCCCUCAAGACCAUCUGGGCCCGCUACGCUGGUUAGCUGCAAUGUUUCUCAGCCGUUGUUAUCAAGAUUAAAAAGAAGAUGACGUAGAACAGAACAGGAUGCAAUGUAAGAAACUUACAAAAGAUCACACAUAUGGUAAUGUCAAUCCCCUGGAGUCGAGGAGCAUUCUCAAGCCCGUAGAAAAGAUUGACAUCAAUGGUAGGAUGGAAAAACGAAAACAGCAUGCUUAAUGUUUCAUAUCAUCUCUCUCUAUACAUGAAAAGACUCUACUAGCACGAUAACCAUCCUAUUCAAUUUCUCUAGAGUGCAAGGCAAAAAAUGAUAACAAGACUCGGUACCAUCAUAGUCCAUUGCAAGAAGAGUACACAGAAACAGUGACGAGCCUUCUCACGGCGGAAAGAGCUCAUUAAGAAACAGUUGACUCAAAACGACAUCGUUUGCUGUGAAAGAUGAUUUUGUUUUUUUGGUAGCUGUAAUUCCAUUUCUACCCUCGUGUCUGGACAAGUAUUACGUUCAGGACCUAUAAUAAGAGGAUAUAUCAGGAAGAGAUGCGCUUCAAGAUGAAAUGAAGAAGAGAAGGGUUUUUAUGACUCCAUCGUUAAACCCCAAUCCAACAACGAAGAAGAACAUAUCCUUCUGCAAAACCUCUUACUAGAUUCAACCACCCAAGUCAAAAGGUGAGACCUUUCUUCUUUUCCCGAAGUCGCAAUCUUUCUAUAUCAUUUCUCAGGCUCUGAGUCUCCUCUCACCCAAUGGAUCCCAAGCUUCUCCUCUCUCCUCACAAACCCUUGUUCGUCUCUUGCAACUCCCCCUUCAACGAAAGACCUCACCUUUCUAUCAAAUCCCGUUUCCCCGCCGCAACCUCUCAGUUCAUGGGUGAAGCCUUGAUUCUGGGGAACAAGUAUACGUUUAGAACCCCUCCUCCGAGGCGAACCCUCGAGCCAGUGAGAGCCGCCGUGAAGAGAAGGAAAGAGCUCACAUUCGACAACGUCGUCCAACGAGACAAGAAACUCAAACUCGUCCUCAACAUCAGGAAGAUCCUCGUCAGCCAGCCCGACAGAACCAUGUCUCUCAGAGGGUUAGGCAAGUACAGGAGAGACCUAGGUUUGAAGAAACGCCGCCGUUUCAUAGCCCUCCUCAGAAAAUAUCCAGGCGUCUUUGAGAUAGUCGAGGAAGGAGCUUACUCGCUCCGGUUCAAGAUGACGCCUGAGGCCGAGAGGCUUUACCUUGAGGAGAUGAAGAUCAAGAACGAGCUUGAGGAUGUUUUGGUUAUCAAGCUGAGGAAGCUUGUGAUGAUGUCUGUUGACAAGAGGAUACUUCUGGAGAAGAUAUCUCAUCUCAGGACUGAUCUUGGGCUUCCUCUAGAGUUCAGGGACACGAUUUGUCAGCGUUAUCCUCAGUACUUCCGCGUGGUUCCGACACCUAGAGGGCCUGCUCUGGAGCUGACUCAUUGGGAUCCUGAGCUUGCUGUUUCGGCUGCUGAGUUAUCUGAGGAUGAUAAAAUGGCUAGAGAGGAGGAAGAGAGGAACUUGAUUAUCGAUAGACCGGCUAAGUUCAAUAGAGUUAAGCUUCCGAGGGGUUUGAAUCUCUCGAAGAGUGAGACUAGGAAGAUAUGUCAGUUCCGCGACAUGGCGUAUAUCUCUCCUUACAAGGACUUCUCUCACUUGAGGUCGGGGACGCUGGAGAAAGAGAAGCAUGCUUGUGGGGUGAUUCACGAGCUUUUGAGUUUGACGACUGAGAAGAGGACGUUGGUUGAUCACUUGACUCAUUUCCGUGAGGAGUUUAGAUUCUCGCAGCAGCUGAGAGGAAUGAUUAUAAGACACCCUGAUCUGUUCUAUGUUUCUUUGAAAGGGGAGAGGGAUUCUGUUUUCUUGAGGGAGGCUUACAGGAACUCUGAGUUGAUAGAUAAAGAUCCUUUGACUCUCGUGAAGGAGAAGAUGCGGGGGCUUGUCUCUGUACCGAGGUUUCCUAGAAGAGGAGGACCAAGGAAAGUUAACGAAGAGGUUGAUGGAAGCGAUGCAACAGAGGGUGAGGAGGAAGAAGAUAGUGAUGGUGAUGAUGAUGAAGAAUGGUCUGAUGUGGAUGGUUACUUGGAAGGUGCGGAUGGUGGUGGAGAUGAUGAUGAAGGUGACUGGACUGAUGAAGAAGGAGAAGAUGAUGUGCCUCCUAACUUUGAUGAUGAAGAUGAUGAUAGUGUGAAGAUUGGGUUGAGUCCUUCAAGUAGUCCUAGAAAGAAGAAGGAUCUCACUCCAGUGUUCCCUGAUGGUACUCCAAGAGAAAAGUGGUAGAUCAUUACAUCGGAAUAAAAUGUUUACUUUGUCUUUGUACCAUUAUUCUUGAAGAUGGAACACUAAUCCAUAAGCUUUUGUAUGUUGUUUCUUUGUUGUUGGAACAUUUUUGAGAAUGUCAAAUUGCUUUCUGCAACGAA